AUGUCCGGAGCCAUGAAGUUCAGCGGGUACCUGAAGGUGCGGAUCGGGGAGGCGGUGGGGCUGCAGCCCACCCGCUGGUCCCUCCGGCACUCGCUCUUCCGCAAGGGCUACCAGCUCCUGGAUCCCUAUGUCACCGUCAGCGUGGACCAGGUGCGCGUGGGGCAGACCAGCACCAAGCAGAAGACCAACAAACCCACCUACAACGAGGAGUUCUCGGCCACGGUCACCGACGGCCAUCAGAUCGAGCUCUCCGUCUUCCACGACACCCCCAUCGGCUACGAUGACUUCGUGGCCAACUGCACCUUGCACUUCCAGGACCUGCUGCGCUCCGCCGCCCCCAGCGACACCUUCGAGGGCUGGGUGGAUUUGGAGCCAGAAGGCAAAGUGUUUGUUGUCAUAACUCUUACAGGAAACUUCACAGAAGGGACUCUGCAGAGGGACAGGAUCUUCAAGAACCUCACUCGGAAGCGGCAGCGGGCGAUGCGACGGCGGGUGCACCAGGUGAACGGGCACAAGUUCAUGGCCACCUACCUGAGACAGCCCACCUACUGCUCUCACUGCAGGGAGUUCAUCUGGGGCGUGUUUGGGAAGCAGGGAUACCAGUGCCAAGUGUGCACCUGUGUUGUUCACAAGCGCUGCCAUCACCUCAUUGUCACAGCUUGCACGUGCCAAAACAAUACUAACAAGAACGAUCUCAAGGUGACUGAACAGAGGUUUGGGAUCAACAUUCCUCAUAAAUUCAGCGUCCACAACUACAAAGUCCCGACGUUCUGUGACCACUGCGGCUCCUUGCUCUGGGGGAUCAUGAGACAGGGUUUACAGUGUAAAAUCUGUAAAAUGAACGUCCACAUCCGAUGCCAAGCAAAUGUUGCUCCAAACUGUGGGGUCAACUCAGCAGAGCUUGCAAAAACCUUGGCCUGCAUGGGUCUGCAACCAGGAAGCAUUUCCCCAAAUUCAAAACUGGUUUCUAGAUCUACGUUGAAACAUCAGGGAAAAGGCAGCCCAAAGGAUGGCAACAGCAUUAGUGAAAGUUCAGCAAGCAAACUUGGGAUCAAAGACUUAACCUUCCUUCGUGUAUUGGGAAAAGGAAGCUUUGGAAAGGUGAUGCUUGCCAAGAUGAAAGAGAGUGGGCAGCUGUAUGCAGUGAAGGUGCUGAAGAAGGAUGUCAUUCUCCAGGAUGAUGAUGUUGAAUGCACCAUGACUGAGAAACGCAUCCUAUCCUUAGCCAGGAACCACCCCUUCCUCACCAAGCUCUACUGUUGCUUCCAGACUCCUGAUCGCCUGUUCUUUGUGAUGGAGUUUGUCAAUGGUGGGGACUUGAUGUUCCACAUCCAGAAGUCACGGCGCUUCGACGAAGAUCGGGCCCGGUUCUACGCUGCAGAAAUUAUUUCAGCCCUCAUGUUUCUCCAUGGAAGAGGCAUCAUUUACCGGGACUUGAAGCUGGACAACGUGCUGCUGGACUACGAGGGGCACUGCAAGCUGGCAGACUUUGGAAUGUGCAAAGAGGGCAUCCACGAUGGCAUCACCACAGCAACCUUCUGUGGCACGCCAGACUACAUUGCUCCAGAGAUCCUGCAGGAGAUGCUGUAUGGCCCUGAUGUGGACUGGUGGGCCAUGGGGGUGCUGCUGUACGAGAUGCUGUGCGGCCACGCGCCCUUCGAGGCUGAGAACGAGGACGAUCUCUUCGAGGCCAUUCUGAAUGAUGAAGUUGUCUACCCAACGUGGCUCCAGCAGGAUGCAGUGGCAAUCCUCAAAGCGUUCAUGACCAAGAACCCCACGAUGCGGCUGGGCAGCCCCGGGCUGGGCGGCGAGAGCGCGAUCCUGCGGCACCCCUACUUCAAGGAGCUGGACUGGGACCUGCUGAACCAGCGGCAGAUGGAGCCCCCCUUCAGGCCCCGCAUUAAAUCCAAAGAUGACGUGAGCAACUUUGAUCCAGAUUUUAUAAAAGAGGAGCCCAUCCUGACCCCCAUUGAAGAAGGGAUCCUUCCAAUGAUAAACCAAGAUGAAUUUAGAAACUUUUCCUUCACCAGCCCAGAACUGCAGCAGUAG